AUGCGAACAUUGGAAUGGGAUAAUAUGGGAGUGAAAGUCGAUAGUCGGCAGUUACAUCAUCUUCGCUUUUCUGAUGACAUCGUACUUAUAACACCAGACAUUAGCCAAGCGGAACGUAUGCUUGCCGACUUUGAUAAAGCUUGUGGAAAAAUUGGUCUUCGACUAAAUCUAACAGAAACGAUAUUAAUGAGGAACGAAUUGGUUUCGUAUGCCCCAUCCACGGUCAACGGAACGAUUAUUGCUCCUCGGAAAAUCAAUAUGCUCAACGAUUAA